AGUCACAUCCCAUUUCUGUAGUGUUGCCUUCCCAUUCUGCUUCACAACACGAGGACACCACAGAAUAAGCUAUUGGGUUAGCUAGAACAGAGAGUUGUCCCAACAACACCAACAUGUCAAUUCAAUGGUUGGGCCUCCUAGUGGACCUGUGGUUUCUUUUGUCCUGCCUACCAUUUCACAUCUCAGCUUUCAAUCUGGACACGGACACAAAGCAUGUUCUGAGGAAAAACGGUGAUCCAGGAAGCCUGUUUGGAUUCUCCCUGGCACUGCAUCAACAACUGAAUCCUGUCAAUAAGAAACUAUUGCUGGUUGGAGCACCACGCGCCAAGUCAUUGACCAAAGCUGAAGUUACAGGAGGAAUCUACCAGUGUGAGCUCACCACUGAUUCUAAGAGCUGUGAGCGUGUCAAGCUUGACAAUGAUGAGUUUGUUAAAAGCAAGGAUGUCAAAGACCAAUGGAUGGGUGUACGAGUGACAAGCCAAGGCCCUGGUCAAAGCGUUAUGACCUGCGCACAUCGAUACCAGGAGUGGAGCACCAAUCCUGACACCCCUAACCUCGUAUUCGGUCAGUGCUAUAUCCUGGGGGAAGAUCUCCACAAGAGUGAUGCCCAUAGAAUCUGGAGGAGGGUGAUCUGUGAUGACAGAAAACACAUCAAGGAUAAGCCUAAGAAUCCUGAUUGGUUCGGAUACUGUCAACAAGGUCAUUCUGCCGCCUUCGCCAAGGACAACACAUCUCUGCUGUUUGGGGGCCCCGGAGCUUACCAGUGGAAAGGAAUUGUGAGAAUGGAGUCCCUAGACAACCUUGAAGUGUCAAAUGAAGAGCCCUGUGAAACUGGGGAUGUGGACAGACUUGACCGUGACCUCAUCCCUCUCCUUAACAACAGUUAUCUAGGGUUCUCAAUCGACUCUGGAAUGGCCCUCACCAAGAAGGGCCAGCUGACUAUAGUGUCUGGGGCACCACGAGGCGGUUUCAGUGGGGAGGUGGCAUUUCUGAAGAGAGACCCAUUGGCUGAAAGAAGUCUAUCUGUGGAAAACAUCCUUAAAGGCCCAGGCCUGGCCUCCUCCUUUGGCUACGACAUAGCCGUAGUGGACCUCAAUGCUGAUGGGUGGGACGACCUUGCUGUGGGGGCACCCGAGUUUUUCUUAAAAGAAGGGGUGGUCGGAGGGGCAGUGUACAUCUACAUCAACAACAGGGGAAGACAGUGGGAGAAGAUUGAGCCUGUCCGUCUGGAUGGGAACAAAGACUCCAUGUUCGGUCUCGCAGUUGAGAACAUUGGAGACGUCAAUCAGGACGGUUAUGAAGAUAUUGCUGUGGGGGCUCCCUAUGAUGGUGUAGGUCGAGUGUACCUUUACUAUGGUUCCUCAGGUGGAAUCCACAAAAAGACAGCACAGAUUAUAACAGCAGAAUCGUAUAAUAUAAGACAAUUUGGAUUUUCUCUGACUGGCAAAAUAGACAUGGAUGGCAAUCAUUACCCUGACUUGGCUGUUGGAUCACUCUCAGAUUCCAUAUUUGUCUACAGGGCAAGGCCAGUAGUCAAUAUCAGAGAGGACUUACGAAUCACCCCAAGUACAAUCAAUAUGGCGGCAGAGCACUGUGACAAACACAAAUGUACAUUCAAGGCACGGGCAUGCUUUACCUACACAGCACAGCCGCCAUCCUACAACCCCAGACUGACUGUCAACUAUGCCUUCGAGGCUGACGCUGAGACGAGGAAACAGAGGCGUUCCUCCAGGAUGCAGUUUCUGUUUCAGUCCCAGGGAGUCCUGGAGCUAGCAGGGCAGGGCGAAGAGAAGUGCACUGAGACCCAACUCAAGCUAUUGGGUGAUAUCAAGGACAGACUGCACAGCAUCCCCAUCUCUGUCUCUGUGUCCUUACUGAAUGACAGUAAGACAGAAAGCAAGAGUCCCCUGCCUGCACUUACUCCAAUACUCAGCCUCUAUGAGCAGAGUACAGCCACCUCAGAGGUUAUCUUCAUAAAUAAAGGUUGUGGGAGUGAUAACAUUUGCCAAAGUAACUUGGAGCUACAGUACAGGUUCUGUUCCAGACCAAAACUACUGGGUCAAGAUGUAUUCACCCCACUGCCCAGUGAAAGAGGUAUUCCAGUAAUCUCUGCUGGAGAUGAGGACAUAGCUUUGGAGGUCAAUGUGACCAAUAGGGAGGGUGAUGAUGCCCAUCAGAGUCACCUGAUCAUCAAACUCCCUGACUCUCUUUCAUUCUCAUCAUUAUACUUCAACCACAUUUCAGAAGUACUAGUGAAGUGCAACCCCAAUGACAAUGGUACACUGACAGACUGUGAACUGGGAAACCCAUUCAAAAGAGAUGCUGAAGUUACUUUCUAUGUAAUAUUGUCCACUUCCCGCAUCUCUCUGAGCACAACUGAUGUAAAUGUUACCUUGCAGCUUGAAACGACAAGUGUGCAGAAGAUACAAGCAAGUGAAGCAAAGGCCAAAGUAGUUUUUGAGCUGCACCUACAAGUAUUUGGACUGGCCAGGCCCUCCCAGGUCAGCUUUGGAGGAGCUGUAAAGGGAGAGAGCGCCAUGAAAUCAGAGGAUGAUAUUGGAACCCUUGUGGAGUAUGAAUUCAGGAUAUGGAAUUUGGGCAGGCCACUGAAAUCCUUUGCCAAUGCGUCGCUGAAUAUCUACUGGCCCAAGGAGAAUGCAGUGGGGAAAUGGCUGCUGUACCUGGUGCAGAUCCACAGUGAAGGCAUCCAGAACGUUCCCUGCUCUCCGCUAAAGGAGAUCAGUCCUGUCCAACAUAUAAAGGGCUCUCGUGAUAAUUCAAGAAAAAGACGAGAUGCUCAUCAGGAAGCGUUCUCAUCUGAGGAUGGAUUCUCCUUCCUGUCAAAGAAAAGAAAAUACAAAACUCUGACAUGCUCAGACGAGUUAAAAUGUGUAGAGAUACGGUGCCCUCUGCUGGGUUUGGACAGUACUGCAGUGGUGUUUCUUCAAGCUCGCCUUUGGAACAGUACUUUCCUUGAGGACUACAGUUCAUUAAACUACCUGGACAUUGUGCUGGAUGCCACUCUCAGCUUGACAGACUCUGCAGAGAAUAUUGGGCUUAGGAAGACUGAGAAAUCUGGAACCCAGGUGAGGCUGACAGUGUUCCCUGAGAGGAAGGCUGCCAUCUGGGCUAAGGUCGCCUGGUGGGUCAUCUUCCUCUCUGUAAUGGUAGGACUGCUACUUCUGGCUCUGCUCGGCUUUCUGCUGUGGAAGUGCAUCAAGUACCCUGUGGCUAAGAAGUACUAUGUCAUGCAGAAGAACACAGAGGAACGUCACCCAAUUAGAGGAAACUCAUCUUUGGGUCCAACUGCAUAGGCACAGAGAAUUGUAUGCACUUCAAUGAUAUAAUUAAUUGAACAGAAUAGUGAAAAGCUUAUUUUAAGAUUGUGUAUGUACACAAAUGUUUACAAGUUUAGCAAAACGUCUUAAACGUACAUAAAAUGUCAUGGAUUUCAGUUGUUGUUUUUAAAUUACGUGUUUGUUUUAAUGGUUGUAUUGAUGUCAUACUGUACCUGUGAAUCUGUCUGACUGCCAUGUGGAUAUUAAUACAAAUGUGAGCUUGAACAUUAGAUCCACUGGUAGCAAUAAUACAGUUACCAGAAGAGACUUGAAUUCUGAAAACAGUACAAAUGAAUUUACAGGCACAACAUUUUCUUGACAGUUUAAUGAAAUGGAGUAGUCUAUUUCCCAAAAUUGUUACAUCUUAAAGUUGUACUGACUAUCCUUUUACAGUAUUGGAAUGUGGUAUCUUAUAUGGGAGUGUUGAUAUGAGGUCAUAGUGGUUCCACUAACAGACUAGAAACCAAAUGUUUUUUGAAUAAAAACAAAUCACCAUCCAGUGA